UCCAUAUUGUCCUACUCCAUUUCUAGUUUCAUUUUUAACUCAAUUACAUUGUCAACUGUUUUUGCUGAAACCCAUACAGUCCCUGUUUUCCUUUUUCUUCCAUAUGCAUGCUAGAUGUAUUAUAUAUCAGAAAUAUUAAAAGUAAAUGAAAGGGUUGAAAACAUUUGAGUUUGAACUUUGACCCCACCUCACAUGUGACACUGACAGUUGUAAACAAACGGGUCAUGCUGCAGGAGGAGGAUGAUAACGAAGAUUACGAACUCGACGAUUUAAAUAUGUCUUCUUCAGAGACCGUCUCACUUCUACCAGAUCCUUCACCAAGGAUGGGUCGCGCAAACUACAACGCUGAUACCAGCGAUGGCAGCGUUCAAAUGGAUACUAAAUCUGAAGACAAAACAAAAAGUGGUGGCUGGUUCAUAUACAUUCUGUCUUUUUUCUCAGCAAUAGGAGGAUUCCUGUUUGGAUAUGAUACAGGUGUUGUGUCAGGUGCAAUGUUACUAUUAAAGGAUAAGUUUAAAUUGACGUCCUUUGAAGAAGAAAUUAUUGUAAGUGUAACGAUAGGAUUUGCUUUUUUAUUUGCCUUAAUAGGAGGCUGGAUGAAUGACAAGUUUGGUCGAAAGUUGACAACUAUUAUAGCCAGUUUUGUUUUCACAAUUGGAGCUGGCGUACUUGCUGCUGCUUAUGCCACAUGGAUGUUGAUAGUGGGCAGAGCAAUUCUUGGAAUAGGAAUAGGUCUUGCAUCCAUGACAGUCCCCGUGUAUAUAGCUGAAUGUGCACCUCCACAUCUGAGAGGAAGACUCGUCACCAUGAACAAUCUGUUCAUCACUGGAGGGCAGUGCAUAGCCAGUAUUGUGGAUGGCCUCUUCAGUUAUGACAAGGAAAAUGGGUGGAGGUACAUGCUGGGCAUAGCUGCUGUUCCAUCAAUAGUACAGAUGAUUGGGUUUUUAUUCCUCCCGGAGAGCCCACGUUGGCUGGUUGCAAAUGGGAAAUCCGAUCGGGCUCGCGUGGUGCUGGAAAAUAUCCGCGGAAGCAAACAAAUCAAUGAUGAAAUGAGGGAGGUGGAGAGAGUUGUCGAGGAGGAUAAGAGGGAGAAGGAACUCUCAGGUUCGAAUGUGUUCAUGAAGAUAAUGCGCACCCCAGCGGUUAGGAAGGCACUUAUAGUUGGGUGUGGCCUUCAGCUGUUCCAACAACUCUCUGGCAUCAACACCGUCAUGUACUACAGUGCUACAAUAAUCAAGAUGUCCGGAGUACGAAAGCAGAGCGAUGCCAUCUGGCUAGCGGCAGGCACCGCGGGGGUCAACUUUGUCUUCACAAUUGUUGCCCUAUUCCUGGUGGAAAGGCUUGGCCGGAGAAAAUUAAUCAUCAGCAGCUUGUUUGGGGUGCUGAUCAGUUUGGCCUUGCUGGCUGUCGGCUUCCAGUUGGCUGCCUUUAACUCCCCACCAGUAACCAUGUCCGAGGCUGGAGACGAAUAUUGCCAUGGUUACACAUGGUGUGAGGGUUGUAUAGAGAACAUAGAGUGUGGGUUCUGCUACAAUGACUUUGGCCAAGGUCCGGUCAAUGGAUCUUGUCUGCCCAUAGAUGGAGAUGACUCUGGUCACUCUAAAGUUGGUCGGUGCAAUGCAACGACAGGAGAGGAACCAGAUCUGAUAUUUGCCUACCAGUACUGCCCUACCGACUACUCCUGGAUGGGCAUAGCUGGCCUCGGCCUCUACCUCAUGUUCUUUGCCCCAGGCAUGGGUCCAAUGCCUUGGACAAUUAACUCAGAGAUCUAUCCACUUUGGGCCCGGAGCACAUGUAACUCAUUGUCAACAGCAACCAACUGGCUCUCCAACCUCCUGGUGUCCAUGAGCUUCCUCACACUCACAGAGACCAUCACUAAAUAUGGUACAUACUGGCUGUUUGUGGGUAUCGUAUCUCUGGGCCUCUUGUUCAUGUUGCUGACGUUACCGGAGACGCGGGGGGUCUCGUUAGAGGAAGUGGAGACCCUUUUCUCCGGCCCACUCUGCUCAUGCUCCAAGCCCAAGCCCCCGGAUUACACCAUAGAGAAAACCAUCAGCUGAUAACACAUUGUCAAUGUUGAGUUGUGAUAACAAAUAUGUCCUGAUGGGGUCAAUGAUGACGUUGUGGACUUGUCUGCUUUUAGAAAGAAAAAAGUCAAGUUAUUGUCAAAGCCUUUGAUGUUGUUGUUGGCAUCAUCGGAUACGUCUUAGGGCAAAAAAAAUUGCCAUUACUCAUUAACCCGUCAAGCAGAUAUUAAUUCGAAACUUGGUACACAUAUAGCCAGAACCAGUACACCUAUGCAUAGCAAGGGCCAUAAAUGACUUUGAUAAUUGUUGAGUUAUGCCCCUUUUCGGCUCAAAAACAACAGACGAUUGUUGGCAUUUGUUUCACGAAGCGCUUGUUUAUAACUGGUGUUAACUUUGGGAGAAAAAAUGUGUUCAGUGAUAUUUGAAGAGUUGUUUUAUAGUUCAUGUACAUUACCAUGCUGUUUUAAGUACUUUAUGAACACGGGAAUGUUUUGGUAUCUUUUGACUUCUUUUAAAAGUAUGGACACUUUAAAUGUCAGAUGAUCUCAAUUCUUGCUUUUUGAUUUCAAAGGAAAUACAUUCCAUGAACAUUUUACAUUAAGUCACUUAAAAAAUAUAUGUAAAUUAUAUAAAUUAUGAUGCAAUUAAUAUUUGAUGGGAGUUGUGGAGGCUCUGAAAACUGUCAGAUUGCAAUACAUGAUUUAUUUUGCAAUUGUUAUCAAUAAUUUAUUUAUAUAUUUAAUAUAGUUGAUAUCCCACCAUAUUGUCCACAAAUGUAAGUUUCUCUUUUACUAACAACACUUGAUUUUAUUUUCAUUUUAAAAUCACCAGAUCGCGCUGCAACUUUUACUUUUCCGAUCCUUUUUUUUAGAUUUAGAUUUUCUUAACCAGGUACCGGUACUGGUAUUGAUUAAUCAGUGUUGUAUGUAGUGCACAUAUAUGAGACUUAUCCAAAAUAGACUGAAACAUACAUUUAAUCAUGUACUUUUCAUAAUCAGGGAAUUGAUCUUGUGUAUAACUCACAAUAUUAGUUAAUGCUUUAUAGUUUAUUUACUCUGUUUCUGUUGUUCUUGCUGUUAUAAAACAAAUUAUUUGUUGUUGUUUUUAUUGCAUGCUUGUUUGUCAAAUCGGACAGUUCCUGUUUUAGGGUCUCUGUCAGAGUAUUUACUAAACAGAUACUGGAUAGUCGGAGAUUAUAAAAUAUAAAAUGUACUCGUCACAGUUGAAGUGUUUUUUAGCUAGUCAUUUGUUACAGAUGUACUUUUUGAGACAAUAGAAUCAUGGCUUUUUCACAAAAAGUCAAACAAAGCUUUGUAGAGCUUCCAUUGUUAACUGUUUGAGAGGAUCAUUUGUUUGCAUUUAGAUUUAUGUUUAAGGCAUUCGACCCACAUAUAUACUAGUUCUUUAACACCAUCAUUAACCUUGAUGGUAAAUGUUGAUGACUAAUGACCCCAUACAAUAUUGGUAUCAUUUGAAAGGCAGUUGCUUGCUGAUACCUAUUUGUGGAAUAAAUUAUCCUUCUGCUCUUUACACAUUGAGCUUUUACAGUCUAAUUGUUCUUUAUUACUACUCAGAUCAGACGUAAAUUGAUCUAUUUCGCAAUUUUCGAAAGCUUAUAAAACUUUUUAUGACCAUAUUAUUGGUAACAUGUUUGUUUAUAUUUUCCUUUCUGCUCAGUGCUCAAAAAACCCUUCAAAAUAAUACCAAAAUACCACUGGGUCACCUGGCAUCCGAGAUCCCCACAUUUGAUGGUCGGAUUCCUUUAACACAUUUUGAUAUUUUAUUUAAUGCUUCUACUUGUAGUCUUUGAAAACAAUCUUUAAAACCUAACGUAUGUUAGUUAUGUUAUUAGUUUUGUUGUUUUCAUAGAAAUAUAUAAAAAAAUCCAUGCUAAAACUAUUAAAAUCAUGUUCACAUUAGACACGACGUUUAAAGUUGUUUAUUAUCGCCUAUGCAUACAUUCAAUGACAAUACAUCUGUGAUAUAUAACAUAGCUAAGGUCGUUUAUUUUAUAACACAUUCCGAAAUUGUUUAUACAUUGAACUUUUUACAUGUCAUUUUUGCUUUUUUUCGUUUUAAUUAACAAACUAUUUCAGCAAUUGGGGAGCGUGAGCCACCCACCAGUGGUUACAUUAUUUACAAACUAUUUAUUGUCAAGUUUAUGUCUCUAUUAAAUGAUUGAAAUUUG